AUGGACGACUUCACCUCCCUCGAACUCCUCUCCGUCGUCUCCAAAGUCACCUCCGAACUGCAAAAUCAUCUGGGAAUCAGUGAUAAAACCCUCGCCGAAUUCGUCAUCGACCAACACGAAAAAUGUGGUGGGAAUCUACCUCAGUUCAAGGAGGCUCUGGCGGCCAUGGGCGCGGACUUUCCGAACAGUCUGGUGGAGAGUAUCGAUCGCCUGAUCUUGACGAUGCACCCGAAAUACAAGAGCCAGAAACAGCAGCCUGCGCCGAAGCAGAAGUCGGACAUGGAUGAAUUGGAUGACAUCAGUCGCAAGGCCAGAGUAUUUAAGGGUUUGGCCGUGCCAGACCGAGAACGACUUUGGGAUGACUACGAGGAUGAUAUGGUGGGACAGAAAACUAUCGAUGAGAGCCGACCACCCGACGUGGGGACGCCCGAAGAUGACACUUUUGCUCUGCUUGAAGGUCUUUCGGGGAAACCACAGAAUGGCACGAAUGGGGCCGACGACAGGAGUAGAAAAAGAAGUCGCAGUCCUGACGCGGGCGAUUACGCUAGAGACAGGAGAUCGAGGCAGAAACACGGGUCGCGAAGUCCCAGUCCUCGACAGGAGAAGAGGUCACGGCGAGAGCGAGACCAAGACUACGACAGACGAGAGGAUGGCUACGGAGAUCGACAUGAUGAUCGGAGAAAUGGCCACCAUCGAAGCAGACGGCGCGACCAUGACGAUUAUGAUGAUGACUUCAAGAAGCCUCCGCCACGGGAUAUGGACGAAUCUCCUGUGCUCUACAAGGUGUACGAUGCUAUUAUCAACGGAAUCAAAGAUUUUGGGGCUUUUGCCAACCUUGAAGGGGUUAAGGGAAGUCCUAGCGGCCUGAUUCAUGUCUCAGCAAUCCAAGAGGGCGCGAGAGUCAACCACCCUUCCGACCUUUUGUCACGCGGUCAACGGGUGAAGGUCAAGGUGGUCAAGAUGGAAAACAAUAAAAUCAGUCUCUCGAUGAAGGAGGUUGAUCAGGUGUCUGGCCAGGACCUGGUUCCGUCCAGAAGAAUUGCCUCGGGUGCCAACAUGGAACGUCUGAACGGAGUCUCAUCAUUAGACGAUCGCUACGGAAAUCUGGGCAGUGGCGUGCCUGUCAUUGAAGAUGACUACAGUUCGAAACCCGGGAAGAACAAGAAGCGACUGACUUCUCCUGAACGGUGGGAAAUAAAGCAACUCAUCGCGUCUGGGGCUAUCUCCGCCCAAGAUUAUCCGGACAUUGACGAGGAGUAUAAUGCGACUCUGAAUGGAGAGGGCCAGUUCGAAGAAGAGGAGGAUAUUGACAUCGAGGUUAAAGAAGAAGAACCACCUUUCCUUGCCGGUCAAACCAAACAAUCUCUCGAACUAUCCCCCAUCCGAGUCGUCAAAGCCCCUGAAGGUUCGCUGAACAGGGCGGCUCAAGCAGGAACGUCCCUGUCAAAAGAGCGAAGAGAGCUCAAGCAACAGGAGGCAGCCGACAGAGCUGCGGAAGAGGCUUCUAAGGUUGAUUUGAAUGCCCAAUGGCAAGAUCCUAUGAUCAAUCCAGAGCAGCGCAAGUUUGCUGCAGACCUGCGACAGGCCCAGCAACAAUCUUCUCGAGCAAUUGCUGCUGUGCCGGAAUGGAAGCGGGCAGUUCAAAACAAGGACCAAUCGUUGGGCAGGAGGACAAAUAUGACCAUCAAACAGCAGAGAGAAUCGCUCCCAGUGUUCAAAUUCCGAAACCAGCUGCUCGAAGCUGUUGCCGCGAAUCAGCUGCUUAUUGUGGUCGGCGAUACAGGCUCUGGAAAGACGACCCAACUUACACAAUAUCUGGCCGAGGCCGGGUAUGCGAACAAUGGAAUGAUCGGCUGCACACAACCUCGACGUGUUGCCGCCAUGUCCGUUGCAAAGCGUGUGUCGGAGGAGGUUGGUUGCGAGCUUGGAAAAGAGGUUGGCUACACUAUCCGUUUCGAAGACCGAACUUCUCCAGAAACCCGGAUCAAAUACAUGACCGAUGGUAUGCUCCAAAGAGAAAUUCUGCUGGAUCCGGACAUCAAGAGGUACAGCGUGAUUAUGUUGGACGAGGCGCACGAGAGAACCAUUGCUACCGAUGUCCUUUUUGGGUUAUUGAAGAAGACCCUCAAGAGACGUCCCGAUCUGAAACUUAUCGUUACUUCGGCGACGCUUGAUGCUGAAAAGUUCUCUGAAUACUUCAACCAAUGUCCGAUCUUUUCUAUACCCGGGAGGACAUAUCCUGUCGAAAUUAUGUAUUCCAGGGAGCCUGAAGAAGAUUAUCUGGACGCCGCGUUGACUACCGUCAUGCAAAUCCACCUUACCGAACCACCUGGCGAUAUCCUUCUAUUCUUGACAGGACAGGAGGAGAUCGACACCAGUUGCGAGGUUUUGUAUGAAAGGAUGAAAGCGUUGGGACCUUCGGUGCCUGAAUUGCUCAUCCUACCUGUCUACUCCGCCCUUCCCAGUGAAAUGCAGAGUCGAAUAUUCGAUCCGGCACCCCCUGGGAGUAGGAAGGUUGUUAUCGCUACAAAUAUCGCCGAAACUUCUAUUACAAUCGAUCAUAUUUACUAUGUGAUCGAUCCUGGAUUUGUCAAGCAAAGUGCUUACGAUCCUAAGCUCGGGAUGGAUUCUCUGGUGGUCACCCCAAUUUCACAAGCACAAGCCAAACAGCGAGCUGGUCGUGCGGGCAGAACAGGACCCGGCAAGUGCUUUCGUUUGUACACCGAAGCAGCGUAUCAGUCGGAAAUGCUACCCACUUCUAUCCCGGAAAUUCAACGUCAGAACUUGUCAAAUACCAUCCUCAUGCUGAAAGCCAUGGGAAUCAAUGACCUCUUGCAUUUCGACUUCAUGGACCCGCCACCCACGAACACAAUGUUGACUGCACUCGAGGAGCUUUACGCUCUUUCAGCCCUCGAUGAUGAGGGGCUUCUUACUCGACUCGGUCGGAAGAUGGCGGAUUUCCCCAUGGAGCCGGGCUUGUCCAAAGUUCUCAUCGCCUCGGUUGAGAUGGGCUGUUCCGAAGAGGUGCUCACCAUUGUUGCCAUGCUGUCGGUCCAAAGUGUGUUCUAUCGGCCGAAAGAGAAACAGCAACAAGCCGACCAGAAGAAAAGCAAAUUCCACGAUCCUCAUGGCGACCAUUUGACUUUGUUGAACGUCUACAAUGCGUGGAAGCAAUCCCGAUACAGUGACGCCUGGUGCUUUGAGAACUUCAUCCAGAAACGGCAAAUCUCACGAGCGCGAGAUGUGAGACAACAACUGGUCAACAUCAUGCAGCGGUACAAGCAUCCCAUCGUGUCCUGUGGCCGCAACACGAUAAAAGUCCGCCAAGCACUAUGUUCAGGGUUCUUCCGCAACUCGGCCCGGAAAGAUCCUCAGGAGGGCUACAAGACGCUUAUCGAGGGAACACCAGUUUACAUGCAUCCCAGCAGCUCAUUAUUUGGCAAACCGGCCGAAUAUGUCAUUUUCCAUACUCUGGUGCUCACGACGAAGGAAUAUAUGCACUGUGCGACCGUGAUUGAACCGAAGUGGCUUGUUGAAGCAGCUCCGACGUUCUUCAAGGUCGCUCCCACGGAUCGUCUGAGUAAACGCAAAAAGGCCGAGCGGAUUCAACCUCUCCACAACAAAUUCGCCGGAGAGGAUGACUGGAGGUUGAGUGCGCAAAAGAGACAAGGUAGAGGUGGCGGCGGCGGCACCUGGGGUUAA